CCCCGCGCCCCCUCCUCCAGCCCCGGCUCGGGCAUGCGCAGUGCCGUCGCCUCGCCCCCAAGUCAUUGUCGGUGACAGGCUGAGCUGGGAUAUGAGUGCUCUCUUCUUCCCCGACAUUCCGGCCAAGUCCUUGUCCAAGUCGGCCGCCGCUGGCCACAGGGACUCCCACAAGAGUCACAACCACGCAUCGAAUAAGCACAGGGAUGUGGACAAAUACAAGCACAAGGCCGAGCAUAAGUCUGAACAAAAGACUGACAGUAAGCCUGACAGUAAAGUUGACCGUAAGACUGACCACAGGUCUGACCACAAAUCUGACCACAAAUCUGACCACAAGUCUGAUCACAAGGCUGAUCACAAGUCUGACCACAAGUCUGAACACCGGUCUGAGCACCGGUCCGAGCACAAAUCUAAACACAAAGACAAGGACAGAGAGAAAGAGCGCGAUAAGGAGCACAAGUCCAAGCAUGGUGGUGGUUCGAUGGGUUCCAAGGAGCACAAGGAAACCUCCCAUACCAAGCAUAAGGAACAUUUGGACAAAGAAAGACAGAAGGACAAGGAAUUGGACAAAAUCAAAAAGGAAAAGCCUUUUGUAAAUGAUGUGAAGAUAAAGAAGGAAAAUGGCUUCAGUUCCCCAGUCAUUAAGCUGGAGGAGGAUGAUGGCUAUGGGUUUGGAGCCGCUGUGACCGCGCCAGCACGUGCCAAGCAGGAAGCCCGUGCUCGUGAAGAUCGCAUCAAGAAGGAGUCAAAACCGGAGAAGCGCUUUCGGGCCGACUCCGAUGAUGAUGAGCCGCUGUACAAAAAGCUCCAUAUGGUUAAGCAGAUCAAAACUGAGAAAACGGUUGACAGAAAAUCCACAAAGAGGCCACAUGACAGCCAGAGAAAGUCAACAAAGAGAGAAAAGGAUGACAUUCCAAGCAAGAGAAAGAAGAAGGAUGAACCGGAAGAGAAAUGGAAGUGGUGGGAGGAGGAGCGCUACACGGAUGGCGUCCGAUGGAAGUUCCUGGAGCACCAGGGCCCCGUGUUUGCGCCGCCUUACGAACCGCUCCCAGACGAUGUGCACUUCUACUACAAUGGCAAGCCAAUGAGACUGAGCGAGAAGGCGGAAGAGGUGGCUACCUUCUACGCCAAGAUGCUGGACCACGAGUACACGAGCAAGGAUAUCUUUCGGAAGAACUUUUUCAAGGACUGGCGGAAGGAAAUGACGUCGGAGGAGAGGAGCGUUAUCACCGACCUGUCAAAGUGCAACUUCAACGAGAUUGAUGAAUACUUCAAGGUCAAAACGGAGGAGCGCAAGAACAUGACCAAGGAUGAGAAACAGAUGCUCAAGGAAAAGAACGAGAAAAUGACGCAGGAUUUCGGCUUCUGCCUCAUGGACUCGCACAAGGAGCGAAUCGGCAACUUCAGGAUCGAACCUCCGGGCCUUUUCCGUGGUCGAGGGGACCACCCGAAGCAGGGCAUGCUGAAGAGGCGUGUGUUGCCUCAAGACGUGAUCAUCAACUGCAGCAAGGACUCCAAAAUCCCAGUGCCGCCACCGGGCCACAAGUGGAAGGAGGUACGACACGACAACAAGGUGACGUGGCUCGCCUCCUGGACCGAGAACGUGCAGGGCCAGGUCAAGUACGUCAUGCUCAACGCCACCUCUCGCAUCAAGGGGGAGAAGGACUGGCAGAAGUACGAGGUGGCUCGUAAGUUGAAGACUUGCGUGGAGAAGAUCCGGGCCCAGUACCGCGAUGACUGGAAGUCAAAGGAGAUGCGAAUUCGCCAGCGGGCCGUCGCACUUUACUUCAUUGACAAGUUGGCGCUGAGAGCAGGUAACGAGAAGGAGGAGGGCGAGACGGCGGACACGGUGGGCUGCUGCUCGCUGCGCGUGGAGCACAUCAAGCUGCACGAGAAGAUGGACGGCCAGGAGUACGUGGUGGAGUUCGACUUCCCCGGCAAGGACUCGAUCCGCUACUACAAUAAGGUCCCCGUCGAGAAGAGGGUUUUCAAGAACCUGCAGCUCUUCAUGGAGAAUAAGCAGGGUGGAGAUGAUCUCUUCGACCGUCUUAAUACGUCAAUCCUGAAUAAGCACCUUCAGGAGCUGAUGGAUGGACUGACUGCCAAGGUUUUCCGAACCUACAACGCCUCCAUCACCCUGCAAUGGCAGCUGAAGGAGCUCACGAGCACGGAUGAGAGUGUCCCUGCCAAGAUCCUGUCCUACAACCGGGCGAACCGCGCGGUGGCCAUCCUGUGCAACCAUCAGCGUGCCGCGCCCAAAACAUUUGAGAAGUCCAUGGCCAACCUGCAGGGCAAGAUCGACGGCAAGCGGGAGCAGCUGGCUCUCGCCAAACGUGAGCUCAAGUCGGCCAAGACUGACUUGAAGGUCCGCAAAGACAUCAAAAGCAAGAAGGUUGUCGAGACCCGCAAAAAGGCAGUUGAGCGCAUGGAGGAGCAGCUCAUGAAGCUGGAGGUGACUGCUACUGACAAGGAGGAGAACAAGCAGAUCGCACUUGGCACCUCCAAACUCAACUACCUGGAUCCUCGCAUCUCCGUCGCAUGGUGCAAGAAGUUUGGUGUGCCCCUGGAGAAGAUUUACAACAAGACUCAGCGAGAGAAAUUUGCCUGGGCCGUUGACAUGGCCGAAAAAGAUUUUGAGUUUUAGACAAGACAUGGAUUUUAUGAAAUGACAGCGGUUUUAUUGAUCGCACCGAUCCGUUUUAAACCUUGAGCUUUUUAUAUAUAUACACCCUGCUUCGUCUGGAGAUGAAUACUGCUCAACCCAUAAUUGUACUUUUGCCACAACCAAUUUUAUGGGCUUGAGUGGUGUUUUUAUAGAUGUCACCUAGCCAAAUUUAAAGACUCAAAAUAGUCUGAAGUUAAUGACUUUAAGAACAGCCACACACGUUAAUUGCAUUAACCUGUGUGACUUUUUAAAAGUCGCAUAAAUGAAUUACAUUGUUUUUAAUUUAGCACUGUUAGGAUAAGCUUUUGUUGCUUUUGAAAACAAAGUUGGAUAAACAUUGGCAUUAAAAACCUAAUAGUCAUUUAAUUUUAAAAAACAUUAAAUAAUUGAAAUUCAUUUUUAACAUUCACUAUAAAUGAAAAUCCACGGUAAGUAAUUUUUAAAGCAUGAUUUCAUUAAAUAACCCUCUUAGCGAUGUGUUAGUGCUAUUUAAGUUUUUUUUUUCCAGACUGUGAGCCCUACGCGAGUUUAUGGAAUAUUAAAUGUUUUAUAGUUUGCCGAAUAUUGUACAGUUAAACCUCGAUUGUCCAUAAACUGGGUCUGGGGGUUUGUUUGGAUUGUGAACUUUCUUUGCAAAUACAGCUUGUUAAACACUUUCAAGGAUUUUGAAAACAUUUUUUUCCUGUUUCUUUUCAAAUCAAUUGUGUGGUGAGACAGUACUCUACAGUGUAGGAUCAUUUUGUUCAAUCCACUUGAUACCGAACAUGAACCGCCAUUUUGGAGAGCACCAGUUUCUGCAUGGAUGUUCUCCUAAGACGUAUUAAGUACACCUGGCAGACGGACAAUACUUGGAGCACCAGAGGAGCAUCUUGUCUUGUGUUCACGAGAUGUACAACAAGCUUAAAGCCCCCCCCCCCCCCCACUGUGUAUAGGCGCGACAGAAAUCUGCCUUACUUCACUUGGAAAUUAUGCCUGCCGAUUGCCGACUUGAAGCACAGGUGGCUGGUCUGGCUUUGCCUGGUGCUUGUUGAAUAUAAAAAAGGCAGGUGUGGCCACAAUGGUUUGGCGAGGAGCUUGCUACGUGUUGCUAUGGUGCUGGUUUUGCGAGCCGAAGUGUGCGUUUUGUGUGUUUGCCCAUUUUGGCCAACCCAGCCGCAGCUAAAUUGAGCAAACUUGGGUUUGGGGAGAUCAUACACACAAUUAAUUAAUGUUGAACAUAAAACCUCCCUAGCUCUGUAAAUAUUGCUGCAGGAUCGAAACAACGGUACACAGAGACUGUCCUUUAGAGCUCAAGGAAGACAUUAAUGGUAAUAGUGUGUUUUUAAAAUUGUGUUCCACAAGAUGAAAGUGCUAUCGUGCUAUACACAUGAAUGUUGGUCUCGUGGGGGGUCUAUACAUUGGGCCUUUAUCAAUGAGUGUUGUCACUCCGGCUGAAGCUACAUUAGCAUCGCUUAAGAAUUUGCUGUACCGUUUUCUCAUUUUACAAUUUUAUAAAGUUUACGGUGGUCGCCAUGUGCGUAAAAAUAUGAAAUGUGGUGAAUUUGACUGAUGCCCGGUGUUCACAACAGGCGGGGUUGGGUCACCGUAUACAUAUAUAAACAUCACUGCUAAGAUUAUUUUACUGUCAUUUUGCUUUGAAUAAAAAAGCCAGUGUGAGCGAGUCAUGCGUAUGGCGUUGGUCGCAUGAAACCACAAUCUCAAGUAUGGUUUUGGCGUGCGAUAAAAAAAUCAUUCUUGAGGUCCAAAAACAACCUACUUUACUCUCACGAACCAUUUUAAAAUACACGCCACUUAAGAGUGGUGUUAUGUUAUUUUCGGUGGGGGGGGGUUUCUCAUUGCUAUUUUUUGUGAUGCUCCCCCACCCCCCGAUUGACAAGGUGCAGUUUUGUGGCAAUCUGUCGCUGGUCGCAGAAAGCGUUUUUUUCUACAUUUGCCUUUUGGGGGUUGAGAGAGUUCUUGCGGGUUUCAUCUGCUGGGCCUCUUGGUCACUCGCAACGGUCGCAAAUUUUGAUCUCAAGUUGGACAAAUUCGGGGUGGAUACAAGACUGGCUGUCGCUGCAAAAUUGCACGGGGGGGGGGCGGGGGCAAUUUUUUCGAUUUGUUUUAGUCUGGAUUAAUAACCUUCAGGUAUUCAUGCGUGUGGACCCCCGCUUGCUCGUGUCUCUGGGAUGUGCGUGUGCUUGCCUAUGAAGAAACGAUGCCUUGUGUUCGCAAAAGAUGCACGUUUUGGAUGUGGGAAAUAAUAUCCCCUUUUAUUUAUGAGAUCGAAUGAAGGUGGGCGAAAUCGUCGGUGGCUGUGUUUUUCAUUGCUCAUCUGUUUAAUGAGUGCGUGGUUGCUCGUCCUCUCAUGUACCCCACCUAACAGAGGUCUUGCUGUCCUGGGACGUGGCUGGAUUUUUUUGUAGUCCCUAUUUGCUGUCUUACGUUUUUGAACCAUAGAGGAGUUUCGUGCCAGUCCCUUUUAUUUUCCUGUACUUCUAAGAACAGCCCCCCCCCCUUAGCUUGUGUGCCUGAAUGAUUGCAAUGGCUCUGCACGAUUGAACGGUGAUGCGGUGUGGUUGUGAUUUUAUACAGCUAGAGGUUUAAUACGAUAUGACGAUAAUGCCGCGAGAGUUUGGUCAACUUAUUUUUGUUUGACGGGGGGGGGGGGGGGGGGGGGGUCGAGUAGACGGGUCGACACAUGGACGGGACUGAGCCAAUUUGGCCAACUUUUAUUUUUUUACAACCGGCUACACAGCUCAUGAAUUGGCCAUAUUGGCGCGCCAUUGGAAGUAGUGCGAGCUGCUUUGGUUUCAUUUACACGCCCCGAGCCCCUUUGCGACACGAAACCGACUUUGUCCGAUCGCUGUGGGCCAUUGUUAAUCCACAGCCGUCAGUCAUGCUUGCCGUCGUUAUGUAUGUAGCUAUGCAGCUCAUACGUCAAGCGUUGUGUGCGAGUGCCACGUGCUGCCGGCGAUUAUUCUGAAAACGUCUUAACGUCAAUAAUCACUGCGUGUUUCACCACUUGCAUUUUUUAAGCCCCCCAUACACCCCCCCGCAUGGACUUGUAUGCAAACACGUUGCGCGCCAGGGUGCCCACACAGCUUUGACUUGACACUGGACCAAUGUUAGUGAGAACAUUGUUAAUUCCAAAAGUUGGCCCCUCUGUGCAGCGCGUUUUGACCGAGCUGUAACGAUGGGCACGUUGCGGCUGGAUGAGUGUGGGAUGGGUGGGGAGAGCGCCUCUGUUCACAGAGUGUGGUUUAAAGUGUGUUCCAAUAGAUGCUACCGAGAGGGGCACAGGCUAAUUAAAUACUGUAUACUCUAUAGGUGAUGCGCGCAUUUUUAAUAAAUAAGUACUGUGAUCAAA